GUGGCCAUCUGUAACCCACUGCUCUACAUGGUCUCCAUGUCCCAGAAGCUCUGUGUAGAGCUGGCAUCUUGCUCCUACCUGUGUGGAUUGGUGUGUUCUCUGAUUCAUUUGUGCUUAGCUCUUGAGAUCCCAUCGUAUACAUCAAAUGUGAUUAACCACUUCUUCUGUGAUCUCCCCCCUCUCUUAAAUCUUGCUUGCUCAGAUGUUACCAUGAACAAGGUCCUUCUUUUCAUUGUGGCCACUUUCAAUGAGACUGUGACCAUUGUGAUCAUCCUCACCUCCUACUUGUUUAUUCUCAUCACCCUGAGGAUGUGCUCUGCAAAGGGAAGACACAAAGCUUUUUCCACCUGUGCCUCCCACCUCACAGCCAUCGUUGUCUUCCAUGGAACAAUCCUUUAUAUUUAUUGCCGUCCCAGUUCAGGAAAUGGUGGGGAUGCCAACAAAGUGGCCACAGUGUUCUACACCAUCGUGAUUCCCAUGCUGAACCCCCUGAUCUAUAGCCUGAGAAACAAGGAUGUGAAAGAAGCUCUCAGAAAUGUGGUUGGAUCCAAAUUAUAUUCUUAG